AUGGAGAGCCCAAAUUACUUUUCUCGUUUCUCGACCUUUAAUACGCGGACUACUACAUCUGCGACAGAAGAGUUCAGUCGUCUAGCACUUGAAAUGAAAUGGAAAGAAGGUUCAAGAAGAUACAAAAAUGAACGGUCAAAAUUCUUGAGAUCUGAAUUUAGUAUCCAUUUUGGCACCGAUGCUACAAAGUUGGAGAAUUGGCAGGCGCUAUGUGUUGAGUUGGAGAUUAUUGAUCCGAUUCAAAGUAUCAAUCAGUGUCGAAAGGCCCUUGCAAAGGUGCAUGUGAAUCUGGUCGAUUUAGUCGACUCCCGAAGAACCGGAAAGAAAGUCAAACAUUUUGCAAGUCACAAGGCACUGAGAAACUACACCGUUGGAACUGGAAGGAUAUUUCCAAAGUCAGCUGCUAAGGAAGAUGGGUUUCUCAAGGCCUUGCUUCGGCAGAUCUUUUAG